UGACAUUGGUAGUCCUCCAAGAUACAUUUCUUAUCACCUUUGGUUGACCUCUCACUUUAUUUUCAAAACCAUGCCUAGCCUCUCAACCUCACCUUGCACUUGGAAAGUGGUUAUCGCUCAAUUCACCUUUCCUUUACCUGCCUCAACCAAGCACGGUCAGACAGUCGGUCUGCCACUGUCAGACCCCGGUCCCUCCGGGACUUUCAGUCCCUCGACGAUCUUCUCAUCACCACCACCACACCCCUCCACAACCACAGCCAGCACAACCAUCACCCAGCCUACACUAGCUUGACUGCUUUACCAUUUAGAUUUCGUAAAGUCCAAUCCAAUGCACUUCUCAAGAUAGUCGGUCUGUCACCGCCAAUUUUCGACCUCUUCCAUUUUCUCUGGAAAAGGCGGGAGAGCACGCAGCACAAAUACUAGGUAGGUACAAACUAAUAAGUUACCUUAUGUAGGCAGG